AAUUACUAUAAAUAGGGAAUGAUUUGCAUACAAAGAUAGUAUUCUGAGAUAUCAUAUAAAUAUUUGCAGUGCAUUUGUGCUUCUUAUUCCAUCAUCUUCUUGAUUACAUUAAUUAAGAUGGAGUUGGGAAGGUGGCUCAAACAUGCUUAUGCAAUAUCAAUUGUGCUUCUUCUGCAUAUCAACGCUUCCUUAUCCCUCGGCCACCACCAUGCUAACGUGACGGCAAGGUGCCUAGAGAGGGAGAGGGAUGCACUGCUUGCUAUCAAAGGAAACCUGGUGGAUGAAUACAACCUACUCUCUUCGUGGGGAAGCGAAGCCCAAAAGCGAGACUGUUGCGGAUGGGAAAGAGUCCACUGCGAUCACCAGACCGGCCAUGUUAUUCAACUUCGUCUGAAUGGAGAACCGAAGAUGAUCUAUUUGCAACGUGAGUAUGUAUUGAAAACUUUGCAAGGUGAGCAUAUAUUGAAAACUUGGCAAGGUGAAAUUAGUCCUAAAAUCGUUGAGUUGCAGCAUUUGGAAUAUUUGGACCUCAGUCACAAUUUCUUCAAUGCCAACCAAAUUCCAGCGCUCAUUUGUUCUCUAUCCAAUCUAAGACACCUAGAUCUCAAUUCCAAUGACCUCACUGGGAGCAAAAUUCCAGAGCUCAUUGGUAAUCUGACCAAUUUAAGAUAUCUAGAUCUCUCUGAUGCUGUCUUUGGAGGUGAAAUUCCAUAUCUUCACCUUGGAAACCUUACUCACUUGCAGUAUCUCAAUCUCGGGAAUAAUUUCUUCACUCCUACUGGAGGAAACCUCAAUUGGCUCCCACAUCCUUCUUCUUUAAAAUACGUGGACCUGAGUAGGGCCAAUCUAAGUAAGGUUUCUGAUUGGCUGGAAACAAUAAACAAGCUCCCUGAUCUAAAAAACUUGACCUUAAUAGGAUGUGAUCUUCCUCCACCAAUUCUUUCCACUCUUUCUCACAUAAAUUCUUCCAAUUCUCUUGUAAGUAUUGAAUUGUCCAGAAAUCCUGCUGUCAUUUCUUCAAUAUUCAAAUGGUUUUGCAAUUUCAAUACCACCCUUGUUCAUCUAUCCCUCUCUUCCAACCACUUUAGUGGUUUGAUUUCGAAUGCUUUCACAAACAUGAGCUCACUUGCAUAUCUUGACCUCACUUCCAACCAAUUUAGUGGUUUGAUUCCCGAUGUUUUCAGAAACAUGGGCUCACUUGAACAUCUAUCCCUCUCUUCCAACCAAUUUAGUGGCUUGAUUUCGAAUGCUUUCACAAACAUGAGCUCACUUGCAUAUCUUGACCUCUCUUCCAACCAAUUUAGUGGUUUGAUUCCCGAUGCUUUCAGAAACACAGGCUCACUUGAAUAUCUUGACCUCUCUUCCAAUCAAUUUAGUGGUUUGAUUCCUGAUGGUUUCAGAAACACGAGCUCACUUGAAUAUAUAUCCCUCUCUUCCAACCAAUUUAGCGGUUUGACUUCGAAUGCUUUCACAAACAUGAGCUCACUUGCAGAUCUUGACCUCUCUUUCAACCAAUUUAGUGGUUUGAUUCCCGAUGUUUUCAGAAACAUGGGCUCACUUGAACAUCUAUCCCUCUUUUCCAACCAAUUUAGUGGUUUGAUUUCGAAUGCUUUCACAAACAUGAGCUCACUUGCAUAUCUUGACCUCUCUUCCAACCAAUUGAGUGGUUUGAUUCCCGAUGCUUUCAGAAACACAGGCUCACUUGAAUAUCUUGACCUCUCUUCCAACCAAUUUAGUGGUUUGAUUCCCGAUGCUUUCAGAAACAUGAGCUCACUUGCAAGUCUAUACCUCUCUUCCAACCAAUUAAGUGGUUUGACUCCCGAUGCUUUCGCAAACAUGGGCUCACUUGCAAGUCUAUACCUCUAUUCCAACCAAUUAAGUGGCUUGACUCCCGAUGCUUUCGCAAACAUGAGCUCACUUGAAUAUCUUGACCUCUCUUCCAACCAAUUAAGUGGUUUGACUCCCGAUGCUUUCAGAAACAUGAGCUCACUUGCAAGUCUUGACCUCUCUUCCAACCAAUUUAGUGGUUUGACUCCCGAUGUUUUCAGAAACAUGGGCUCACUUGCAAGUCUUGACCUCUCUUUCAACCAAUUUAGUUGUUUGACUCCUGAUACUUUCGCAAACAUGAGCCUACUUGCAAGUCUUGACCUCUCUUUCAACCAAUUUAGUGGUUUGACCCCUGAUGCUUUCGCAAACAUGAGCUCACUUGAAUAUCUUGACCUCUCUUCCAACCAAUUUAGUGGUUUGAUUCCCGAUGCUUUCGCAAACAUGAGCUCACUUGCAAGUCUUGACCUCUCUUCCAACCAAUUAAGUGGUUUGAUUCCCAAUGCUUUCGCAAACAUGAGCUCACUUUCAUAUCUUAACCUCUCUUCCAACCAAUUAAGUGGUUUGAGUCACGAUGGUUUUGCAAACAUGAGCUCACUUGCACGUCUUGACAUCUCUUAUAACCCAUUCGGAGGAGGGAUCCCAGCAUCCAUUGGCCAGUUAUGCAGUUUGCGACAUGUGUCAGUUUUAGGUUGUAAUCUGACAAGUGGACAACUUUCUAAGUUUGUUCAAGGAUGUUCGACAUGCGUUCAAAACUCAUUACAGAGUUUUGAUCUUUCCAAUAAUCAUCUUGCUGGGUCACUUCCUAAUCUUACAAGCUUUUCAUCAUUGGAGGUAUUAACUCUCUCCAAAAAUAAGUUGAGUGUUCUGGAUAGUAUUGGAAAUUUUUCUUCUCUGAAACAAUUAUAUGUUGAUCAAAAUCAAUUACGAUGGAUGAUACCGGAAAGUAUUGGGAAACUCUCCGGUUUGUAUGUCUUGGAUCUCUCUGGAAAUCUUCUGAGCGGAAGAAUUCCAGAAGGUAUUGGGCAACUCUCAUCAUUGGAACGUUUAGUUCUUUCUGGAAAUCAAUUAAGCAAAAGCAUACCUGAAACUAUUGGGCAAUUAUCAUCUUUGCGAAGUUUAGAUCUCUCUAGAAAUCUGUUAAGCGGAAGAAUACCGCAAAGUGUUGGACAGAUGUCUGGGUUGGGCUUUAUAAAUCUUAGUAUGAAUCGUUUGGAAGGGGAGAUUUCAGAAACUCAUUUCUCAAAACUCUUCCAUUUACAUGAGUUGGAUUUAUCCUAUAACUCAUUAUUAGAAUUCAAUGUCACUUCGGAUUGGGUUCCUCCUUUUCAAUUGUCUUAUCUAAGUUUGAGGUCUUGUAAGGUGGGGCCGGAUUUCCCAAAAUGGAUUCGAACCCAAAAAGGUCUUUCCAACCUUGAUAUGUCUUAUGGUGACAUUUCAGAUGUCUUUCCAAGUUGGUUCUGGAGUCUAUUUGGUGACACUCCGACUAUAGAUAUGUCUAACAAUCAAAUUAGAGGAACAUUAGGGAGUUCAAAGGUUGUAUCAUUCAGCGGAGUUGAAGUUCGAUUUAGUUCGAACCAAUUGGAAGGUCCAAUACCCUCAUUUCUAUCAAAAGCGUCAUAUUUGGAUCUCUCUGAUAACAAAUUUUCAGAGAUGACUUCCUUCUUGUGUUCUUCGAAUGUUAAAAUUUCCAAAUUUCUUGAUCUCUCCAGUAACCAUAUUCCUGGAGAACUUCCAGAUUGCUGGAGACAUUGGGUUAAUCUAGAACUUCUCGAUUUGAGUAACAAUUCUUUUUCUGGGAAAAUCCCACCCAAUAUAGGAUGUUUACUUCGAAUCAAAACAUUGAAAUUGAGGAGCAACAGACUUGUGGGAGAAUUGCCUUCAUCCUUGAAGAAUUGUACAAGCUUAAAUGUUAUUGAUCUUGGGAACAAUACGCUUUCAAGUUCAGUCCCUGAAUGGUUAGGGGUCAGUCUUCCAAAUUUGGUUAUUCUUAUGCUUCAAUCCAAUCAGCUUAGUGGAAGUUUGCCUUCACAAUUAUGCCAUCUUGCACGCCUUCAAAUUUUGGAUGUCUCUAUGAAUGAAAUCUCAGGAACUAUACCAAAAUGCCUCGAUAGUUUGACUUCUUUGGCGCAAGAAGGAAAUUCAAAUCUAACCAUCAGACAUUCUUUUAAUGUGACUUAUUCUAAUGGAAAUGUGAGUUCUCUUUAUUAUGAGGAUGAUGCAACCUUCAUGUGGAAGAGAACAUUGUCUACAUACAAAAACACUUUGGGACUAGUCAAGAGCAUUGAUCUCUCAAGCAACAGAUUAACUGGGGAGAUUCCAAGUGAAAUCACUCAUCUUGUUGGGCUAGUUUCUCUGAACCUUUCAAGGAACAAUUUGACUGGACAAAUACCUCUAGAGAUCGGAAAGUUGAAGUCACUAGAUUCUCUUGAUUUGUCUAGGAACAAGAUUGGUGGCGGGAUUCCGACAAGCCUUGCUCGGAUUGAUAGACUUGCUCCAGAGCUUUGA